AGUGAGUCCCAGGUCGCUUUGUUCGGUGCUCGCUUCGGGACGACAUAUUUCACGGAGCACAAGCUUUUUCCGAGUCAGUCUCCCGUCACCGCCCAAUCCGAGUAGCCCUGACUGCCAACAGAUCGGUUCGACGAUCGCCUCCAGCGACACAUGCCUCACUGCAGCCGCAUCAACACACACCUCAAGCCUUGACUGAAUGAUGCUCGUGCCACCACAAUAAACAGGAAAAUAAAGCGUCAGAAACUCUCAAAUGAUCAUUGUGAAACUCGCCUGGAUACACAGAUAAAACAGUCUGUGCCAAAAGAGCAUUGUAUGGAGAGAGGAGUAAUGGAUUCAGUUGGAAGUGAAAAAUCUAAAGUUGAGAAUCACCAGCAAAAUGCAACCUCAAUUGGUUCCGUAGCAGUUAAAAAAAUACCUACAGAUGAUGAUUGCUUCUUAAUUAGAAGAAAAUUGCAUCAUACAGGAGAAGAUUUGUCAAGGAAAUUGUCUGAUGAAUUAAUGUUGAUUAUCUUCCGUUGGUUACCCAAGCGCUCCUUAGUUCGAUGUGCAUUUGUGUGUAAGCGAUGGAGGCAGAUAGCAUAUGACGAAAGUCUUUGGACAAGAUUAGAUCUUGGUUCAGGAGUUUUGAAGUCUGGGAGCCUGAGCUAUGUUUUGGCAAGAGGUGUUUCUGCAUUAAGGUUGGCUCAGGCAGAUAUACAUGAACCAAUAUUCUCAUCUCCAUGUUCUAUUGUUGAGAAUGGAGCCUUCAAUAAAUUGCAGUAUUUAGAUUUAAGUAUGACUGUUAUCUCAGGGAAAGAUCUUGCAGAAUUACUGAAGACUUGUCAAAGUCUCCUUAAGUUAAGUUUGGAACGUUGUUCAAUAAUUCAAGAGAGUUGCUGUGCUAUUUCAAUUAAUUCUAAAUUAGAAGUACUGAAUAUGUCUAUGUGUUGUGGCUUAAAAGAAAUAGGCCUCAGAAAAAUUUUGUCUGGAUGUCAAAAGCUUACAGAACUGAAUUUAGCUUGGACAUGUCUGAACUCAUCUGCUUUAGAAACUUUAGCUCGAUUUGCACCUCGAACAUUAGGAAGACUAAAUAUUAGUGGUUGUGGAAAGUAUCUUUCUGACAAACACAUUUGCCAGCUGGUACAAACGUGCCCCCACCUUGUGGAAUUGGACCUUAGUGAUUGUACUAGUUUAACUGCAUCAUGUAUAGAAUAUAUAUGCAAUCUCCAAAAACUUGAGCAUGUUGCUUUGAGUCGUUGCUACAAUAUAGGUUCCUCAUCUUACUUAUUGCUUUCAAGAAUUGAUUCUCUUCUUUAUUUGGAUGUCAUGGGUUUGUUUGCUGACCAAUCUUUAGUACAUCUGAAACAAAAUUUGUCAAAUAUCUCUGUCAACAAAUUUCUAUUUUCAAGUAUUGCUAGACCUACCGUAGGUGUUAGACGCACAAGUAUUUGGGGAUUGAAAGUUCGUCGGUGAACAGUAUAAGAAUUCUGUUUCUGAUACAGAUGAAUGUUAUUUUGCAAUUAAUUUUUGUUUUUGUUAUACAUGACUGCAAGGGGCAGUUUCAUACAUUUAUUUCGAAAGUUGUUCAUAAGAUCAUUCGCAAUUUAUAUGUUCUAUUCAUUUUUCUUUUGUAAUAAAAAAAUGAUUUCUUUAUAUAUA